CGCACAACAACAAUGUUAGAUAAGUGGGCGUAAAAGCGAAAACAAAAGUCCAGUUUUUAUUUAUUUGUUUUAAUUUGCCCCCACUAGUCUUCGUUCUUCAAUCUCCAAUCCGUUUUCAUCGCCAAAAAUCCCCCAAAAAGAACCUCAGAUUAGGGUUUCUCCUUCACUGAUUGAUCCGUGAAUACUACUCAUACCUGUUUGGAAUUCCUGAGUAUUCAUGGAGAAUCAGCAGCUUCAGCAAGUUCCUGGCGAAGAGAGUUCCGUCAAGGGCGUCGUCGAUCUUAUGAGAGUUGAUCAGUGCGAGGAGGAGAUCGGUGCGUCUCAAGCUCCCUCUGUACCUGCCCCGACGGUUGCCGGAGUUGUUGAUGAAGCUGCUCCUGUGAAGCGGAAACGUGGCCGGCCUCCGAGGGCGCAUGCUAAGACCGUGUCUCAAACUCGGCCGCCGCCACCGCCGCGGAAGGACGAGAAGGAAGAAGACGUCUGCUUCAUUUGCUUCGACGGCGGAGACCUUGUUCUCUGUGAUCGCCGGAACUGCCCCAAGGCAUACCAUCCAGCUUGUAUUAAGAGAGAUGAGGCAUUCUUUCGAACAGCGGCUAAAUGGAACUGUGGUUGGCACAUAUGCGGUACAUGCCAGAAAGGUUCCAGUUACAUGUGUUAUACAUGCACUUUUUCUGUUUGUAAGCGGUGCAUUAAAGAUGCCGACUAUGUGAUUGUGAGAGGUAACAUGGGUCUUUGUGGCACAUGUAUUAAGCCUAUAAUGUUGAUCGAGAAUAUUUCUCAAGGAGAUAAUGAAGCGGUUAAGGUGGAUUUUGAUGACAAGCUCAGUUGGGAGUAUCUGUUCAAGGUAUAUUGGCUUUGCCUGAAGGAAGAGCUGUCUCUAACUGUCGAAGAGCUUACUAGAGCAAAUAAUCCUUGGAAGGAGGUUCCUUAUACUGUCCCUAAAGUGGAGUCACGAAAUAUUCAUACCCUUAGCAAAGCUUGUUCUUCAGGCAAUUCAGAUUCAGAUGUAGUAGCGAAUGGAACAAAAAGAAGAAGGACUAGUGAUUCCCCCACCGUACCCAGCAAGUUAGAUACUAAAAUUCCAAGUAAUAUCCCAAAGAAGCUUCCUGGAGAUACAAACUGGGCAACAAAAGAACUCCUCGAGUUUUUGUCGGUCAUGAGAAAUGGCGAUACAUCGGUUCUUUCUCAGUUCGAUGUGCAGGGUCUUCUGCUUGACUAUAUCAAGAAAAAAAACCUUAGGGAUCCUAAUCAGAAGUCUCAAGUUGUCUGUGACCAAAUGCUUGUGAAGUUGUUUGAGAGACAGCGAGUGGGUCACUUUGAAAUGCUUAAGCUUCUCGAGUCUCACUUCCUUAUUCAAGAGAAACCGAAAGAGGAGAAACCCAAGAAUGGGGAAAGUAGUCAUUCUGUUCGUAGCCAAACAGAGGAGGAUAGUGCUCAUGAUCCGGUGGUUAGGGAUAGAAAACGGAAGAUGCGUAGGAAAACUGAUGGCAGUGAAAAAAACGAAAAUCUGGAUGCAUAUGCAGCGAUUGAUGUUCACAAUAUCAACCUGAUUUAUUUGAGACGUAAAUUUAUAGAUACUCUACUUGAUGAUAUCAACAAAGUUCACGAAAAGGUGGUAGGCACAAUUUUGAGAAUUAAGGUAUCUGGCAGCGACCAGAAGCUGGAUAUUUACAGGCUCGUUCAAGUUGUAGGUACAAGCAAGGCAUCAGCAUUCUACCAACUUGGCGCAAAGACUACUGAUGUUAUGCUAGAAAUACUAAAUUUAGACAAGAGAGAAGUCAUCUCGAUUGAUCAAUUAUCAGACCAGAAUGUCACAGAGGACGAGUGCAAACGGCUACGCCAGAGCAUAAAAUGUGGCCUCAAUAAACGUUUGACUGUGGGUGACAUCUUGAAGAUUGCAGCAACACUGCAAGUUAUGAGAGUCAAUGAGGUUCUGGAAGCUGAUAUCUUAAAGUUAAGGCAUCUCCGUGAUCGGGCUAGUGAGAAGGGUCGUAGAAAGGAGCUUAGAGAAUGUGUAGAAAAGCUAGGGCGUCUAGAAUCACCUGAGGAACGCCAGCGGCUUCUGCAGGAAGUCCCAGAAGUUCAUACAGAUCCAAGCAUGGAUCCGAGUCAUCCAUCAGCAGAAGAUGCAGUGUUGGGUAUGAGGAAACCAGAUAAUCACAUAGAGGUACAAAGUAAAAGUCCGAAGAAAAAAGGGGAUAUCCUGAACAACUUGGGAAAUAAUCCGCAGAAAAAAUAUGAUGCUCCAGUUUUGCGAAGCAGAAAAGCCAUGCAUGCCACUAAUAAAGAAGAGUGUUCUAAGGUCGACAACAACUCAGCAGAUAUCCAGCAAACUGGUAAAGAUGAUGAGGAGAGUGAAAUAUGGCAUUAUCGAGAUCCAGCAGGAAAGACCCAGGGACCAUUUUCUAUGGUGCAGCUCCGCAAAUGGAAAUCCUGUGGCCAUUUUCCUCCUUAUCUUAGGAUAUGGAAAGAGCAUGAGAACCAAGACGAGUCUGUACUUCUAACUGAGGCUCUUGCAGGACGGUUUGAUAAAGCAACUACUUUACCAAGUUCAUCGUUCCAUCCCCAAGUACUAAAACCGUCUCCGCACAACUCUGGACGCACUGGCGUUGAUGUGAACUGUCUUCAGAAGAACCUGAAGCCAGUCAGCACCAGUUCAACCUCUUCUUCUUCCUCUAUUGUCACUGCCCUUCCUAAUGAUCCGAAAGAUAAACAAGUUGCAACUCUUGUACCUUGCUCUGGAAAAGUUGAGGAUGGUAUUUCUGUUCGUCCCCAGCCUCAAGUUAGCUGUCCAGCAUCAAUGUCUGUGAUUCCAGGACACGUGGUUACUCCUAACGUAAGAGAAACUUCAGGAACUGAUCAAUCUAGUGCUGUGCGGCCAGAUGGUAAGACUCUAGAAGAUGGAGCAAAUAGUGGUUCUGUUUCCAUAAACGGUUCUGUUCAUGCACCAAACCUGAAUCAAGAAAUCCAUUUCCGUGAUUUCCCUAGUCCUACACCUAAGUCGAGCCCUGAAGACUUGGAGGCUCAAGCGGCAGAGACUAUUCAGUCUCUGUCUUCAUGUGUUCUGGUCAAAGGACCAUCUGGGGUCACAUGGAGCACCACCGCCACAACUACCGUCGAUGCUCCUACCACCACGACCACUUCAAGUGUUGUGGUCACUGGAGGACAGCUUCCUCAAGUAACUCAGCAGAGUGCUGUUGAUUUAGCUGCACCGUCUGUGAAGCAUAUUGAUUUGGCAGCUGAUCAUGCCACAGCUACUCACACUUCCAACAACACCCACGUGGCUCACUCAUCUGGGUGGCCGGCCAUUGUGGCCGACCCUGACGAGUGUGAUGAAUCAGUUUCAGAUCUAUUAGCUGAAGUUGAAGCAAUGGAGCAGAACGGUUUGCCCUCUUCACCCACCUCAACAUUUCACUGUGAUGACGACGAUGAUUUGAUGAAAGGGCCGGAGAAAGAUUUCUUUAACCCUGUGCUACGCAUGUUCCUCACACAUGAAACAUGCAGAAUGAAUGUCUCUCAGCCGAGUAUUCUUGACUACGUCUCCGCCGGCAAAAGCUCAACGGGCGCAGAAGCACAAGCCAACACUCACUUCAGCCACUGUGGAACCGCUGGUCCGGAGCUCCUGCUCUUUGCACCACCAGCGCCAGCUUCAACAAGUCAGGACCUGACUCUGACGACAACAGCUCUCAGACUGGGAUCAGAAACCACAGUUGAAGCUGGGUUGGUCGAGAGGCCUCCCAAGUAUGCUUCGGGAGUUGGUUUGGAACCGAGCCUUAGGUCACCAUCAUCACAUGACCCAGCUCGUGGAAACACUGAGCGCAGUCCACGUGGUAAUGGAAGUCAGCAAAGGAGAUCCGGUGGUCACAGCAGAGACCGGCAAUGGUGGAACAAUGGUCACAACAAUAGUCUCAACAACAGUCAUAAUAAUAAUCGGCAAUGGCCAUACAGCAGUAGCCAUGGGUAUGACCAUGGAUCAGGUUCGUAUACAGCUCAUCCGCCCAAAGGGCUAAAAAUAUGUAAAUUCUAUGAGAGUGGAUACUGCAAAAAGGGUGCUGCUUGUAGUUUUUGGCACCCCUGAUUCUCAUUUCUUGUAUUCUGUAUCCAUUUGUUUAUUUACACAAAUCUCGAACAUCCUUUUUUGUAACACCAAAGUUUCUGUAUCCCAUCAGCCGCAUGUUUUUAAGUAAUUAUCAAAGCUUCUUAUAAAACUAAGUUUUUUCA